GCCCUUGGGUGUGUAGCUAAACUGACUUAAACAUUCAUUUAUGCUGUAGAUUUAAGAGUAUUUUUUAGUUUUGAUAACAAGAUCUGUUAUGGAUUUCAUUAAGAAUUGUGUUGCUCUCAUCAUUUUAUUCUCAGUUUUCGAAGCAUCUUCAGCAUUGGAGUGUUAUGUCUGUUCGAAUCAAUCUGCUAAUACACAGAAAUGCUUAAACACAAUUAAAACAUGUGAACCUGAUGAAGAUGUUUGCAAAACGGAAAUCAGAUGGGGGUCAACACCAUACUGGGACUUUGGUGCGCCAAAACAAUUCUACGUUUCGAAAACCUGCGCUACCAAGAAAAAGUGUCAAGCGAUACGAUCAAAGUACAUGCCAUACUGCACUCACAUUUGGUAUGAAGAUUGGUCAUGUUCAGAGUGUUGUCUUGGCGAUCGAUGUAACUACUACGUCAUUAGUUCAAGCAACAUUUUUUCAGCAUCUGUAUGGACAUUAAUAUCAGUUAACAUGAUGGCAUUCAUCAUAUCUAAGCUAAUUUAACUUUUUAUAAAAUUAAUAAUUUAAGUCAAACAAAUUCCGUCCAAAAUUCCAUUCCGUCCACUGGAAAUUAGAUUUUUAAUAAAGAUAAAAAAGUUUCACAUA